UUCUGAAAAUAACUAAUCAACUAAGGCCACUCCUUUUAGCAAGUUAACAACACUUUUGUCUUCGUUCCAUUAUCUAGUUCUCAAUUCUCUUCACCCUUUGCCUCUGAAAGAAAUGGGUAGUCUUGAAGCGGAAAGAACAACAGUAGGAUUGGCAGCAAGAGACCCUUCAGGGAUUCUCUCCCCAUACACCUACAAUCUAAGAAACACAGGCCCUGAUGAUGUUUACAUUAAAGUUCACUACUGUGGAGUUUGCCAUUCUGAUCUCCACCAGAUUAAAAAUGAUCUUGGCAUGUCCAACUAUCCCAUGGUCCCAGGACAUGAAGUGGUUGGUGAGGUACUGGAGGUGGGAUCAAACGUUAGCAGGUUCAGAGUGGGAGAGUUGGUGGGAGUUGGACUCCUCGUAGGUUGCUGCAAAAACUGCCAGCCAUGCCAACAAGACAUUGAGAAUUACUGCAGCAAGAAGAUCUGGUCUUACAAUGAUGUUUAUGUCGAUGGAAAACCCACACAGGGUGGCUUUGCUGAAACCAUGAUCGUUGAGCAAAAGUUUGUGGUGAAGAUUCCAGAGGGUUUGGCGCCAGAGCAAGUGGCACCAUUACUGUGUGCGGGUGUGACAGUGUACAGUCCACUGGUACACUUUGGGCUGAAGGAGAGUGGGCUAAGAGGUGGAAUAUUGGGGCUUGGAGGAGUGGGACACAUGGGGGUGAAGAUAGCAAAGGCACUGGGUCAUCAUGUGACUGUGAUAAGCUCUUCUGACAAGAAGAAACAAGAGGCACUUGAACACCUUGGAGCUGAUCAAUAUCUCGUUAGCUCUGAUGCCACUGCCAUGCAGGAAGCUGCUGAUUCACUUGACUACAUCAUUGACACUGUGCCUGUUGGUCACCCUCUUGAGCCUUAUCUCUCCUUGCUCAAACUUGAUGGCAAGUUGAUCUUGAUGGGGGUCAUCAACACCCCUCUUCAAUUUGUUAGCCCCAUGGUCAUGCUAGGGAGGAAGUCAAUAACGGGAAGCUUCAUUGGGAGCAUGAAGGAGACAGAGGAGAUGUUGGAGUUCUGGAAAGAGAAGGGUCUGAGUUCGAUGAUUGAAAUGGUAAACAUGGAUUACAUUAACAAAGCCUUUGAAAGGUUGGAGAAGAAUGACGUGAGAUACAGGUUUGUUGUGGAUGUCAAAGGCAGCAAACUUGUUGAUCAGUAAAAGAAAGAAAGUAUACUACUAGCACGACACACGCAACAUCCAUCCUUCCAUCAUGAAGAGUCUGGAAAAGUUAUUAAUUAAUUGAGAACUAAAGCUGUAUUUGUUGUUGACUAAAAAAAAGAAGCUGUGUUUUGUUUAUUAAAAAGAGUGCUCUGUUUUCUCUGUUUUGGUUACACGACGUUCAUUAAAAUAUAGUAUUUGAUAUCAAAUUCUCGUGGAAAGCAAAAGACACCAUAGUUUUGUUGUGUAAAUUGCUGUAUUGUUCCGCCAUUGAAAGAAAGAAAAAAAAAAGUGGAUAUUAAUGGGCACUGAAUCAUACCUCAUACGCGUUCUCUGCUA